UGUGAAGUUUGUACAAUUGUGUCUGUUAUUAAAUAUAACUUUCUCCUCUCUCCCAAGGGACCAAGGGAGGAGACAAGAGACACCAGCAGCAUUCUUUGGGAAAGGAACAAUGUUAAAGAAAUUUGUACAUUUGUACACUUUAAUUGUCUAGGGGUAGUUUAUUUAUUUUUUUUAGUUUCUUUAUUUAUCAGUGUGGCAGCAUCAUUAUUCACUACAUCUUCUGAGUAGAUUAAUCUGUUUUGUCUGGAAAUUAAAUUCUUUGUUUGAAGUGGUUAGGUAUGAAUUUUUUACAAUUUGAGUGAAAAUGAGUGUUUGAGUGAUCGGUUCAAUGUGAGUACAGACGAUUUGUCUGUACGAUGCUAAAACAGAAAGUGUGUCUAGAAUGUAACCCCACCUACAUAAGAGUUCCUCAAACUGGUUGACUUAUCUUUGAGUCACAUUCAGAUUUUGGCACUUUACUUUCGACAUCUCCCCCCUUCACAGUUUGAGUGACAGCAAUAGUUUGAAGGUCGCCAGAAAGCACAGUAGUUUCCAAGUUAUUUUGCAGGUCAUCAUCAGAAUUUUCUAUGGGAGCAUCACAAUGGACAGGAUAAUUACUAUUAUAACAUUUUUGUCAGUGUUAAAAGCUGCACUUUGUUUUAAUAUCGACCCCGUGGCUUGGAAGUCCCUCAGUAAUGAUGCUGCAGGUUUUGGAUACCAGGUGGUGCAGAGAUCAUCAGAUUUGCUGGUCAGUGCUCCUCUUGAACAGUAUGCACCGAAUGGAAGGGGUCAAAUAUAUAAAUGUUCUACCACAUCCUGUCAAAAACUUUUAGUUCCACAGCCAGACUUCGCAGUCAACAUGUCCCUUGGUUUGACAAUGACAAGUGAUCCUAUCACACAAAACACCAUGGCAUGUGGACCAACCAUCCCAAAGGACUGUCAAAGUAUUACCAUGUACAAUGGUGUAUGCUUUAACAUAGACCGUUAUGAUCAUGUUGGAAGUGCUGUGCCAGCUUCUCUUCCAGAGUGUCGAAUUGAAGCUGACAUUGCAUUCCUGUUGGAUGGCUCAGGCAGCGUAGUGCCUCAAGAUUUUCAAAGAAUGAAGGUUUUCGUGAAAGAUCUGGUCAGUUCGUUUGUGGACAAAGACACACAGUUUGCCAUUUCCCAGUUCUCCACAGGAUUCAAAGUUCAUUACUAUUUUGAUACAUUUGACCGUAAUUAUUGGCAUCACCAAAUUGAUGGAAUAAGUCAGUUAACUGGAUGGACUUACACAGCAAAUGCCAUCAAACGUGUUGUCCAAGAAGUCUUCUCACCAAAUCGUGGUGCCAGGCCAAACGUCAAGAGGGUUUUAAUAGUCAUUACAGAUGGAGAGUCUAAUGAUCGGAAGGAUUUGCAAGGUGCAACAAAUCUAGCAGAAAAUGCAAAGAUUGUUCGAUUUACUAUUGGAGUGGGGGGUGCAUUUGAUAACAGAAAUGCCAAAGAGGAACUGGAAACCAUUGCAUCUUCUCCCCCAGAUGAACAUGUGUUUCAAGUGGGGAACUUUGGUGCACUUGAAACAAUAAGAAACAGUUUGCAGGAAAAAAUCUUUGCCAUUGAAGGAUCUCAAACAGAUGGAGAGUCACUGAAAUUGGAAAUGUCUCAGGAGGGAUUCAGUGCAGCUUAUGUGCCCAAGGGAUUUCAAAUGGGUAUUGUUGGUGCCAACCAGUGGAAGGGAGGCUACAUGAAAUACACAAGCUCACGCAAAAAGAGUGGCUCUUAUGAGCCUUUGAAUGUGGAGUCUGACAGCUAUCUGGGUUACUCCAUGGCAGUUGCUAACACGAGGCAAGGCUCGAUGACAAUUGUUGGUGCUCCAAGAUAUCAACACAGAGGAGUUGUGAUGGCAGUUGAUCCAAGCGGCAAUUUCAAAAAGAUUGAUCCCUUUCCAUGGCAGUUUCAGAGUGGUGAAUAUUUUGGGGCAGAGGUUUGUACCAUGGAUGUGGAUCGUGACACCUACACUGACCUAAUCUUCAUAUCUGCCCCUAUGUAUAUGGACACUGACAGAGAAGGAAGAGUUUACGUUUGCAGCUUAAGUGUUUUGAAUGUCGACUGUCACUUAGAUUCUCCAUUUGUACUAAGAGGGGAAGCAUCUGACAGAGGAAGGUUUGGGUCCUCUCUUGCUGUUCUGCCUGAUCUUAACACAGAUGGUCUCAAUGAUUUGGCCGUUGGAGCACCUUUGGAGGAUGAUGGUCAAGGCAGCAUUUACAUAUUCCACGGUGAAGCAGGAGGAAGAAUCAGUCGUCUACAUACCCAGAGAAUUGCUGGAUCUAAAGUCCAGUCGGGACUGAAGUUCUUCGGGAUGUCGAUCAGUCAGUCAUCUUUUGACCUGAGUCAAGACCUUCUGCCUGACUUAGCAGUGGGUUCAAAGGGUAAAGUUAUUUUACUCAGAUCAAAGCCUAUCGUAAUGGUGGAAGCUACAGUGUCUUUCAGCCCAAGUCAAAUCCCUACUCAAAAAGGAGACUGCUCACAACCAUUGAGGACCAAAGCUGAAAUCUGUUUUACCAUGACCAAACGCUCUUCAGUAGACCAAGCAAGUGCAAGAAUCAACUGUAAUUUUACACUGGAUUCCACCCGUAAGGCCCCAAACAACCGAGCUUACAUCAGUGAGAAACAACGAAUGACAAACAAAUCAGUUGAUCUUGACUUACGACAGCCAAAGUGCUUCGAUGUGAACUUCUUUGUUGAGCCUUGUCCUGAAGAUGCUCUCAAUGCACUGUCCAAUGAACUUACAUUCACCUUUGAGGGUUUGCCUUCUGAAAGAUUAAAUCUCAGCCCAAGUCUCGCCCUGGAGUCUCAGACAACUACUUUUCAUCCUUUAGGGUUCGAAAUCAACUGCGGCAUUGACAAUAAUUGUGUGGAUAAUCUGAAAGUGGAUUUCAACUUCACUCGAUCCUUAGAGGUUAAAGUGGGCAUUGAUGAACUAUUGGAUGUCACAGUGUCAGUAGAGAACAGCGAGGAAAACUCCUACAACAGCCGUGUCAUUGUCACAUACCCAGCCGGGCUCUCCUUUAGAAAAUUCACGAAUCUGCAGGGAAAAAUUGAGUGCACUUCCGUGGACAGUGAGGGCUUGUCAGAAGGAAGGACUGACUGCACUAUUGACAAGCCAAUUUUCAAGACCAACACCACGGCUUUCUUCAUCAUCUCCUAUGGGAUUGAAACCAAUAGUCAACUUGACAAAAUGAUUUUUAUCACUGCAAAUGCAACCAGUGGGAACAACGAGCACUCAGUGUCAAGCGAACUCUACAAACAGAAAUCAAUUCCUGUGAAGUACAGCAUUUUUGUUACAUUUGAAAGUACUCUCAGCUACAACAAUUUCACUUUCGGGAAGGAUGAUUUGGAGAAACCAGUCCAACAAUCAAUUGUGGUGACAAAUGAUAUCAGACCACUGAAUUUCACUGUGGUGAUCAGGGUGCCAGUAAAGCUCGGUGAUAAAGACAUCUGGGCGGAUUCAAGCAGUUUGCAGUUUCCAGACUGCCAAAGAGACAAAGAUGAAGAACCACUGGUCAAAGAUUUUGUUGCUCAAAUACAGAAAAAUAAAUUAGUGGACUGCUCUGUAGCCCAGUGCAGAGUGAUCAAGUGCAAUAUGUUCAUGGGAAGACUGGAGAGGAAAACUCUCAAAAUCUCUGCCAACCUUAGCUCACGAUGGAUACAGCAGAUUGGACUUAAAUCUGCCAAAUACCUCUUGACCAGCACUGCCAGCCUGGAGUAUGACAGAAACCAGUACAUCUUCUUUUCAACAGGGUCUAAUAACAACCCACCCAUUCGCAAGAUUGAGGCAGAGGUGGAAGUGUAUUCUGAUCCGGACUUCACCAAAGAGAUUGUUGGAGGAUCCCUGGGAGGGUUGGCUCUACUGGCUUUACUGACCGCAGGCCUGUAUAAGGCUGGAUUCUUCAAGAGUAAAUACAACGACAUGAUCAAUGCUGAUGAAGCAGAUCUAGGGGAUGAUGGAGGUGAACCUGAAGAAACACCAGAAGCAUAAAAUCAUUUAAUGUCUCACAAAUAAGUUUCCAGAUGUAAUACAUUAACACUUUUGAAAUAUUCCAAAAUCCACAGUGGUGUUCUAAUUAGUACCUAUAGCAUUUCUUUUUUUAGAUUAUUUUUUUGGCCUUUUCAAGCUUUAUUUCUGAUAGAGACAGCUGAAGAGUGCCAGGAAUGCAGGGAGAGAGAGAUGGGGAAUGACAUGCGGCAAAGAGCCACAGGUCGGAUUCGAACCCUGGGCUUUCGCAGCAAGGACUGGGCCUUCGCACAUGGGGCGGCUGCUCUACCAACUGAGCUAAACACCACCCCAUUACCUGUAGCAUUUCUAAUCUGAAGUGCAAACUAUAUAACGUUUGUUUAACGGUUUGCCAUUUUCAGGAAUGUACAUGAUUUGUAUGGGAGAAAUAUCCAUGCCAUCACUUUCAAUAUAUUGAAAAAGAAA